CCACCGCCAGAUCCAACCCUUCCCGACGUCCCGUUAAUCCGGUUAACAGACGAGCAAGAAAUGGCCAAGAGAAGUCGAAUCAAGAACCUGCUCACCACCACAUCUGCCGAGGUGCCGAGCGUGGUAACCCGGUCGCCAACCGCCGGUCAAUCCAGUGGCGCCGUGGUCGCCCUGGCCACUCAAUCCGCCGGGCAAUCCAGCCGAGAACCUUCUGCGCGGCGGGCCGGGAAAAGAGCUCGGGCAGAUCCGUCCGCCGAGCUAGUCACCGAGCUCGCCACCGAGCACCCCACGGACGCCCCCGCCCCAGUGCCAGCCUGGCGCCCACAUCUGAAGCACCGGGGUCAGGACAUCCCGGCAACGGCUUCGAUCAAGGCUGACAAAGAGCAUCUGCUCGCCUUUGAUCUGUCCAAAGCAUUCCUACUACCGAGCGACGUGGUUGGCAGCGACCACGUCCCUGACACUCGGUUAGUCAAGUCAUCAGUAAAGUCCAUGGCCAGGGCCAUUCAAAAACAGCAUCUGGUUUUGGAGCGCAUCCACCGGCUUAGGCAAAAGGCAAACGACACAGCCAGCCAGGUUGAGAGCCUUCAAGCCGAGCUGGGCCGGGCUAAGGCUUCCCUCCAGAUAGCCAAUGCUGACAACAACAGACUGCUCGGUCAGCUGGAGGCGGCCGAGAAAAAACAAAGUGAGCUCCAGAUUGAGGUGGACGCUUUUAAGAAGACAAAGAGGAGAGCUUGCCGGGCUGCCAACAAUGCCGGGUUUAACGAAGCAGAGAAGAACUACAAGAAGCAAGUCUUUGCAACACAAGACAUCUUUUUCAAGGCUGGCUGGAAGUCCGCCUGCGAGCACCUCGGCCAGGGCUCCGACACCGAUGUAUUUACUAAUCCUCCUCCCGCCAAGCUACCGGUCUACCUCGUGCCUUACGCAAAUGAUGUAUUCAGUGCGCUUCAAGCGGAGGCCGAGGAGGGGCUUGAAGAAGGAAGUGAUGAGACAGAUUCGGAGGCUGAGGACGCCGAAGUGGAAGUGCAGCCCGGUCAAGUUGAGCCCGGUGCCCAAGAAGCGAGCCCAACCGUCAACCUUGAGGCUGCCGAGGAUGAAUUCACCAAUCUAUCCCCCUUGGUUUAGUUUUCUUUUCUUUGUAUUUUUGCUUUCAAUACUUUUGAUGUAACCGGGCUCUGUCCCCACCUCUUGUAAUGAAUUUCUUUAUCAAUGAAAAAUUUUGAAUUUUCGCCAAGUGUUUGUCCGGUAGUAAUCCAUUCCAUCUUCAGCAAACUAUCUCGGUAUAACUUAUCAUUGGAACACUUUGUCGACCGGAGUCCAUAACACGGUCGAAGCAAUUUGAGCAUAACAAAACAAAUUCAUGCACCGAAAUACCCAUCUCGGUUGUAGCUAAGUUUGGACAAGAUACCAUGUUGGACAAGACGCCAACUCUUCCAACCAGAGUACUUCAUCACGGUUGGGAAUCCCAAGUUGGACAGAACACCAACUCUUCCAACCGGAACAAAUCAUCUCGGUUGGGAAUCCUAAGUUGGACAAAACACCAACUCUUCCAACCGGAACAAAUCAUCUC